GCCAGCCUAAAUCCAAGUUUUCGUAUAAGUAAGUCAUAUGAGGAAGAACCAUCGACGAGAAACUGUUGUCUGCCAUUUCAAUCACGUGACUUAAGACUGAAGCAACACAGAUGUCAAUGGAAAGUGAAACAGACAGUCCAGCUCAACCAAUAUCUGUAUUCAUCAGCUACACACACGAUCCAAUAUAUCCCCCACCACCCGAGCCUGCAAAGGCAGCCGACGAGAGAGAGAACCAUUGCCGUGCUGUUCGAGAAUUAGCCGACUUCUUUACACAACUCGGAAUCAAUUGUGUUUAUGAUCAGUUGUAUGAAGCGAAUCCACCAGAUGAUUGGCCUCUCUGGGUCGAGCAGCAAGUAAAGGACAGCGACUUUGUGUUGAUGGUUUGUUGCAGCAGUUACUGUCACUACCUCACAAACAGAAAUCCAGAGAAAGUUGUUGGAUACAGCGAACGACCGCUCAGUGAAGAGGGCAGAGUGACAUACAGUCUGAUGAUGAAAAAUAUUCGGAGAUUCAUUCCUGUGUUUGUCAAUCAACCGAAGUGUUCUGCCUUUGUUCCAGUUGUUUUGCAAGGAAGCAGCAUCUAUGAGCUACACGAGCCGUUUCAAUUGAGUAGGACGAAGCACGGGUCGUUGGAAAUGUUGUAUGCACGACUGACCAGUCAGAAUCCGUAUAAACCACCAGCAAUAGGACGAGUGCAGAAACUGAGUGCACCGAAGUUGGGAGGUGUUGUACGAUUGGCAAAUGUUCGCACACAGCCACAAGGUCAAGUGUUUUCAUCCUCGAAUCUGAGUCAUCCAAUUGAAGAGUCGUCAUCAUCAUCAUCUCCAAACAACGUUAUCAUAGCUUCUCCUCCAAACCCACCAUCCCAAUCAGCAAACCAGCCAACAGCAGAACAAUACGAUAAGCUUGUAGAUAAUGACCUUGUAACACACAUCGGUCCUCACAUUGGAUUUUGGAAGACAUUAGCACGCAAUCUCGGCUUUAGCGAAGGCCAAAUUGAUAAUUUUGAAUACGACUCUAAGCAGCAAGAAGAGCAAGGCAUUCAGAUGCUCCACACAUGGAUAAGGGAUCGUGGGAUUGAUGCAAAGAUUUCAGCUCUGGUUGAAGCAGCAAAUCGAGCGGAACGACGACAUAUAACGUCACUUAUAAAUGAAUAUGUAUUACAACAGCAGCAGUAAGCAACAGUAACACAUUCAUUUAUGUCAUCUUUUUUCGUUACACCUUUAUGAUUUAGAUGUUUUUGUUGCAUUUUAAUACUCAUUGUCUCUCUCU